AUCAGAAUCAAAUACAAAAAUGAAACUCACAGGAUGGAAACAGAUUGCCUUGGGUAUCUUAAUGAUGGUCAUUGCCGCAGUGGUCAUCGGACUCAUUGUUUAUUUUGUCACUUAUGGAAAGACACCUUUCUAUUAUCACAUCAGCUUUAAAGUCAAUAAUAUUGACUAUGACAGCAAGUUUGAAAAACCAUAUUCACAAGAAUAUAUGGACCUAAAUGAAAAGAUAGAAUCUUUGAUAAAUGAAACAUUUCAUGGAUCCAGACUGAGAAGACAGUAUAUCAGAUCUCAUGUUGUCCAAGUAAGCCGAGCUAAAGGGAAAGUGAUCAUACAUGCUGUGCUGAAGUUUAAAUCCUGUUAUAUAAAUAAUACAGCAAAAUUUCGGGAUAAGAUCAAAACCAUUUUACAGCAGAAGCUAAAGGGCAAAACUGGGUCUUUAUCUAUAGAGUCUUCUUCAUUUAGAUUUUCAGACAUCACAAUGCCGAUUGCAGAAAAUCUUCUACAUACCUGUUGUGGACAACGCACAAUAACUCCCUCUGGCAACAAGAUAGCAGGGGGCAUGGAUGCCCAAGAAGGGGAAUGGCCCUGGCAAGCCAGCCUUCAACAGAACAAUGUCCACCGAUGUGGCGCCACUCUGAUUAGUAACAGCUGGCUUGUCACUGCUGCUCACUGUUUCAUAAAGGUCAGGAAUCCCAAAGAAUGGAAUGUUAGUUUUGGGCUUCUUUUAAGUGAUCCACAAAUACAACGAAGUGUCAAGGACAUUAUAAUUCAUGAAAACUACCACUACCCUGCACACGAUAAUGACAUUGCUGUGGUGCAUCUGUCUUCACCAGUAUUAUAUACAAGCAGCAUCCGAAGAGCGUGUCUUCCAGAAGCUACUUACGCAUUCCCACCCAACUCCAAUGUAGUAGUCACUGGAUGGGGAACAUUAAAGUCUGAUGGAACAAGUCCUAAUAUACUCCAAAAAGGACUAGUGAAGAUCAUAGAUAAUAAGACCUGCAGCAGUAAGAUGGUGUAUGAUGGUGCCAUCACACCUGGAAUGUUGUGUGCCGGUUUCCUGAAGGGAAGGGUGGAUGCCUGCCAGGGUGACUCUGGUGGACCUCUAGUUGGUGCAGAUUAUAAAGGCACCUGGUUCCUUGCUGGUAUUGUAAGCUGGGGAGAUGAAUGUGCUCUUCCAAACAAGCCUGGUGUUUACACUCGAGUGACCUACUAUCGAGACUGGAUUAUGUCCAAAACUGGUCUCUAGUGCAGAAGUGCUUCGUAGAUUAAGUAUGAAAAUUAUACCCUUGAUAGAGAUGUUUGUAAUUCCCAAACAGCAUUAAACUUAGAAUCACCUCUUUUAUGCAUAUUUAAUAUUGCAAAUUUGAACAUAUAUGAUAUUAGAGCUAUAGAAUCACCUCUUUAUGCAUAUUUAAUAUUGCAAAUUUGAACAUAUAUGAUAUUAGAGCUAUGAAAACUGCUUGUGUAAUAGACUUUGACAAGGAUUUAGUGAUAGUAAUGGACCAGGAUAUAUAAUUACCCCUUCUGUUCCUUUCCAGACUGAAGGGAAUUACAUGAGUAAAUAUGGAUUACAGUUUACUUGGGAAGUCUUCUCUGCUGAUCCAGUUGCCUUGGGAAAUCAUAAAUUCAGUGUUAGCAAAAAACUCCCUUCUGUGUGUAUGGUCCUCUACUGAAUCACAUGGACUUCACAUAUCAGUAGGUUAUAGCCUAGUGAGUUGCACUAUUACUACCUAUAAAAUUUUUCAGGAAAAUCUGUCUUCCUCUUUUCCUUCUAGCCUUUGUACCAGUGACCAAUGAUCUUGCUGUUUUGCGUCACUCAGGGUGAAGACUUCCUUACCCUGAGUGACGCAAAACAGCGUGGAGUGCUUGAUAGAUCCUGAUGCUUGUUGAUUUGUCCCAAUUUCUCUUUCAUGUGAAAGUGAGGCCAGAGACAAGUUCUCACAUAUGCACAUAUAAUAGUAAAAUUAUGGUCAGACACAUGGGCCACAUUUCACUAUUAGGCUUAAAUACACUAUGUAAAUAACACCAUAUUACAUAUCUCUAAUCUCUUAAAAUUUCUCAAUGGUACAAAUUAUCAAUCAGAAUAAAUGAUAUGAAAAUAUUGCUUCUACUUCACUUUCCUUUGGCCCAUACAGAAACAUCCUAGAUGCUGGCACAGAUAUGUAUAAAGUGUACUGUUAUACCUCAUGCUAACUUGCCAGAUAAGCAAAUCAGUUGACUUUUAUCCAGAAUAUUCUCUCAUUAGGGUGCUUUCCCAGACUGCAGUCCGCAGUAUCUCUAUAGCAAUUUUGCCUUCUCUUUUUCAUCGCCUAGAUUCCUAUAGCUACCACUAAUAGCUUUUAUUAUGAUAUAAAUUUUGUUCAAGGACCCCCAAAUAAUUUCAUUAAUGAUAGUGGCCAACAUUCAUAGACAACCUAAUACGUGCCAGGCACACUUUACAUGUAUUAUUUCAUUGAACCCUCACAACAACCCUGGAGGAUGGUUCCCUUAUAAUCUUAAUUUAUAGUUAAGGAAACAGGUAGAGAGAAUUCAAGAUCAGAGAGUUUAUAGUUAGCUUAACUGCGAUUCAAAAUCAGACAAUUAGAUUCCAGGGCUCACACUUAUAAUGAUGUGGCUGUGUUAUGUGAUAUGGUUAUAACUAAGUAUCUACCUAGCAUAAUAUUCUAAAAUGAAGUAUUUGUCAUAAGUUUUUUGGAUAAAUUAAUACAAUGGGUUUAUUAUUUGAUUAAUUUUAAAAUAUUUUGUUAUAUCUUGAGUUUUACAUGUGUAAGAAUUAGUAUUCUACUUUUUAAUUUUCUGGAAAUCAUAACAAAAAAACUAUGUGCAUAUUGGUCAGAAAUCUUUGGUUGCAAGUGACAGAAACAGCAUUAGCUUAAGUGAAAAGAAGAAAUUUGUUGACUCAUCUAACUAAAAAUCUAGGGAUCUACGAAUCUAGGGAAGAGCUAAGGCUAGAUCCAGGGACUCAAACAAUGUCUUGAUCACUAGCCACAUCUUAACUUUACUCUCUUCUGUUUUCAUUCAUGGCCAAUGCUAUCCUCUGAGGUGAUAAAGACAGGCUUACUUAGAUUUUCCUUAGUGCUAGGCAAACAGUCUCACAAAAAAUAGAGCCCUCCUGCCCACUGCCUCCAGUAGAAAAAAGAGUCCUGAGCAUGUUUAUGAUUGGCCCACCUUGGAUCAGGGUACUACUUGGAGUAGAGGAGAUAGGGCCCUUGAUUGAUGACCUCUCAGGAGGUCGGGUUGGGGAGGGUGCUUUCCCAAAAAACAAAAUGCUGGUAAACAGAAAAAUAAUAGUUGUCUAUUACCCCAUGAAAAAAAUGUGCUACUCUUACAAAUCAAUACAAUUCAAGAUGUUAUUACUUCACAACAGAGAUUCUGUAGUUUCGUGUAUUUAUUGUCUUAAUAAAAAUUUCCAUAAAGCAGUGUCAUGCUGUGCGUAUUUUGGUAUCAUAGAAAAAAGCAAAAUGGACUACCGAUUUAAGCCACAAUAUUCCACUUUACCUAAUUUCUUUCUAUAUAGAAGGUGUAUAAAAUUUCUGCGGGAAAAAAGUACAAAAUGCUUAAUUUUAUCUUUUAAAAAUAAUUUGACAUGAAAAAGAUACAUUGGUAGCACAUUUAAGAAGUAUGCCAGGAGUUCUUGUCGUGGCGACGUGGUUAACGAAUCCGAC